AUGCAGCUCUUCGUAAAGACACUCACAGGCAAGCGCAUCACACUCGAAGUCGAAUCAGCAGACAAGAUCGAAGACGUCAAGGCCAAGAUCCAAGACAGAGAAGGUAUUCCUCGUGAUCAGCAGCGUUUGAUCUUCCAUGGCAAGGAACUUGAAGAUGGAAACAGACUCGAGGAUUACUCUAUCCCGAAGGACGCAAAACUCCAUCUCGUUCUUCAUCUUCGUGGUGGAUUCUAA